GUGUGCCACGUCAGUUCCAUGUGGUGAAGGAGAAAAAGACCUGGACAGAAGCUCAGCGCUACUGCAAAGAGGAGUUCACUGACCUCGCCACCAUAGACAACAUGACAGAGAUGAAGAUGUUAAAUAGCACAAUGAAUGAAGCAGGUGCUGCAGAUGCUUGGAUCGGGCUGAAGCAGGGAAGCAUUCCUAAGUGGCAGUGGUCUCUGGCUGACAGGGAUUUCUACAGAGAGGAUCGGAAAGAGUGCAUGGAGUGGGACCAGUCAGAAGAAACUAAUGAGAACUGCACUGUGUUGAAAGGAAAUGGGAAAUGGUGCAGUAAGAAGUGUGAUAAGGAAAAGACCUUCAUCUGCUAUGAUGGUGAGAAGCCUUCUUACUCACUCACUCUUGAAUACAGGCAGCUAAACUAUGCAAGUAAACAAAUCAGUUGGUUAUGACCUCAUUAACUCUUACCUUAGUCUGUGCAGGUCUAUCAGUCAGUUUGUUGUGACUUCAUGUGCACUCACAUUAGUUGAGACUAUAAAGCUGUGCUGUUUCUCAGUUAACCAUGACACAUGCAUUACCACAGGGGGAAACUCACCACCCUAUGUGCUGGUUACUGCUACUAAGAACUGGGCAGAUGCUCAGAGAUACUGCAGAGAGAAACACGAGGACCUGGCCAGUGUGAGGAAUCAGACAGAGAAUGACCAGAUAAAGGAUCAAAUCAAAUCAUCAACUUUUAGUUCUGACAAUGAAGCCUGGAUUGGCCUGUUCAGAGAUGCCUGGGAGUGGUCAGAUGGCAGCACCUCCUCAUUCCGCCACUGGAAAACUGGAGAACCCAAUUUUGAGGAGACAGCAAAGUGUACUCAGCUCUACCGUAACGGUCGGUGGAAUAAUGAACAAUGUGAUAAUCGUGGACCUUUCAUCUGCUAUGAAGACAAACUGGUUCUGGUUCGUGAGAAUAAGACCUGGAUAGAGGCGAUGAAGUACUGCAGAGAGCACCACGUGGACCUGAUGUCUGUGACCUCCGAGCGGAUCCAGCGCUGGGUGAAGGAGCGGGCUAAAGAAGCCUCCAGUACUCACGUGUGGAUGGGCCUGCGCCACUCCUGCAUGGGCUUCUGGUUCUGGGUCAACGGAGACGCAGUCUGCUUCAACAACUGGGCCCAAGGGGAAGAGACAGGGCAGGACUGUCAGAAAGCCAGAGUGGGGGCAGUGACGUCUGGUGGAGAUGGGGAGGGAGAGUGGGUCAUGCUUCCAGAGACCGACAAACACAACUUCAUCUGCACCACUGAGGAUCAGUAG